UGACAUUUUUGCACGCACUUAUGCACAGCCGGCUUCGGCCGAUCCAGUUGAAUAAUCCAUUCGCUUUUUAUGGUUUGUUUGUUCUUUAAUUUUAUAUAUUCUGAUAUAUACUAACUUCAAUGACUUUAAAAAGUAGGAGUACGUAGUAUAAAGUGUAAUUAUUGUUAACAUCAACAUAGAAGCACUUUUUCUAUUCUGAAGAAGAUACGCCAUCAUGGAGUCCGGUGGUGAUUGGUGUCUCAUUGAAAGUGAUCCAGGGGUUUUCACGCAGUUGAUCAGGAAAUUUGGUGCAAAAGGAGUUCAAGUAGAAGAAUUAUGGACAAUUGAUGAUACCAUCUUUGAAAAUUUAAGACCUGUACAUGGACUUAUAUUUUUGUUUAAAUAUCUACAAUAUGAAGAACCUUCCGGGCCUAUUGUUAAUGAUGAUCGCCUGGACAAGAUAUACUUUGCCAAACAGGUAAUCAACAAUGCCUGUGCAACACAGACUGUGAUUAGUUUACUGUUGAACUGCACCCAUACUGACGUGGACUUAGGGCCAGAACUCACAAAACUGAAGGAAUUCAGCAUGUCUUUUGACCCAAAAAUGAGGGGACUCACACUGAGCAACUCGCAGACUAUUAGAGCCGCACACAACUCCAUGGUCCAGCAGGCAGUUUUUGAAUUUGAUCCAAAAAUGCCAGUGAAAUAUGAGGACUCAUAUCACUUCGUGGGCUACAUGCCGAUCAACGGGCGCGUGUACGAGUUAGAUGGACUCAGAGAAGGCCCCAUCGAUCACGGCCCCAUCAUCCCAGAACAAGACUGGCUUGAAGUGGUCCAACCCAUCAUCAUGAAACGGAUGAAUGUAUAUACAGAAGGGGAAAUUCACUUCAACUUGAUGGCUCUUGUAUCAGACAGGAAGAUGAUCUAUGAACGCCAGCUGAAGAGACACCUCAACGAGGUGCAGAUGCUCGACAUGGACACAGAUGAAGUGGAAGGUGAGAUAGCCAGGCUGAGAAUGUUCAUUGAAUAUGAAGAUAUCAAAAUGGCGAGAUAUCAGCAAGAGAUGGCGCGGAGGAGGCAUAACUACAUGCCCUUCAUCAUAGUUCUCCUCCAAAUACUAGCAGAAGAAAAGAAGUUGACUCCCAUUUUGGAGCGGGCGAAGGAGCGUUCAGCUAAGAAGGGCCCGAAGAAACUGAAAGUAUAACACGAGAAGUGGGCGGGUCUCAAGGAACCCGCCCGUGUGUCGCGCAGGGUCUCGCAGUCGAGCCCUUCGCGAGUAUUAGCUACAGAAGAAAUGCAGUGCACGUUAGCAGACUUAGACGCUAUAUUUCAUGAGCCACAGCAGAGUGGUGAUUCUUUUGACAUGCUCAAGCCGGAUUUACCAUUGCCGCUUCCCGACGACCCGCUGGAAGGCACCUCCAGGCAGAUACUGUCCGCGACGCGACGCACCGACAUUACGCCCGUGUCCGCGGUCCCGCCAGACACCAUGCUUGUUGAACAAGACAACGACACAGAUGCGCCUGAUACCGAAAUGAUAGAUCUGCCAGACGAUCUAGAGGACUGAAAUGUUUUUCUUCAGAUACUAAUACGUAUAUUAAUCAUAAAAUAAAUAGUUUCAAAUUAAUUACUAAUAUUCGAUUUUUAAAUUAAUAACUGAAUUCAAUUAUGACAAUUUGAGCAAUAGCUUAUUAAUAGAAAUGACGUCUACGUAAUUAUUCAUUUCUUGCGUGUCUCCUUUGGUCAAGUUUCACCAGGAUCAUAAAGGCCACAGGGGGAGGACACUGCUUUAAAACAUAAGUGGCAGAUGAAAAUAAAUACACUACCCAGUGUUCAGUGCUCCUAAAGCAUCAAUGGAUUGGCCAUCAUCUAUCUAGUGGGGUAACACGUAGUAGCCAAUCUAUAAAAUCGUGAGCAUUACCUUAGUAAUGCUCACGAUUUAGUAGGACCUUAGUCCUACUGACUUAUUGAUCUGGUGCCCCAUCGUCGAAUAAUAGAUGUACAGUUAUGUAGUGGUUACUUACGCGAUGAACUAAAUUAUCGGCACUAUAUGAAGUGUAAGUAAGUUACCAUGCGAUCAAUCUGUAUUUGGGUUAUUGACAUCCUGCUGAAAAUCUGAAUUGUACGGGAGUAACUUUCUCUCUACAUUAAGUGUGCGUCGCUCGGGACUAUGUCCCAAAUAAAGAAAGUGUCCAAAUGUCAUAGCGUGUAGAUCAUCCAAUGCUGUGCAGCUAUGGCGAAUUUACACUAAGAGCUUGUGCAGUUGUAGGCACGCGCUCCGCGACUAGGACUGAACGAGUAUUUUUUGCCAGUCUUCUAACCACUUACCACCUUAUACCGCGCGUCUGCACGCCAGCACAUAUACUAUUUUUUAUCGUGUCUUAUAAAUUUAGUUUUCCGGUCUGCUCAUAAAUAAAAACCCAAAAAAGGUACAUAAAUUUAAUUUCUAAAACAUAUCUAGGUAUCCAACUUGAUAUUGGCUCGGUUACAUUUUAAUCAAGCGUUCAUAGUAUAAAAUUGUAAAAGGCAGUGAAACAUUAAAUAAUUCGUCGUACUUUACAUUGGUAAAAAUAUUUUACAUAAGCACAUUCAAUUUUACAAUUGAUAACAUUUUAGUAAUAUAAAUUAGCUAGCGAUUGUAUUCCCAUGUCUGCUAAUGCUAUUAACAUAUUUAGAGGAUUACAAGCAUUUUAUGCUAAUAUACUAUAUGUGUUUAUCAGGUACGUUUUCAUUGAUAAUACGUUUAUAACUAUAUGGGCCGAGACGGCAUCUGAUAUUUGUCUAUUCUAAAACAUUUCCAACUAAACGUCGGCUAUGCUGCGAACCCUAUUUGUACACGUAGGUUGACCUACUUUAUCUAUUAUAGUUAAUAACUCGAAUCUUAAGUUAGAUGUUUCCUUAUGGCAAGUUUUUAACAUAAUAGUCAUUACGAAAUAAGUGUGGAUUCAUAUAAAAGUUACAUAUAAUACAUAUAAUAUACAUGUAUUCAAUUUGUGUAAUAGAAAUAUAUCGCCCUUGUCGUCGUAGUGUUAGCGUAAGAACUUUGUUAGCAGUAGACACACGAGUACUUGUCUACAUUGAACCAUAUAUUUGAGCCGUGUUAAAUACAGACAGGGGCGUGGGUAUUAGAAGCAGGGCCACAGACAAAGAUGUAACCGAUGGAUACUGUAACCGCGAGAAGUGAUUUGAAUAGAAUACGGUUUGUUUCAUUAUCUAGGCUAUAAAAAUUCACCGCUACGUACGGUAACAUUCUUUAUUUCGCGACUUAUUAAAAAUAUUUAUUUACACCUUAUUACAUUUAUUCCUUAUAACUAAAUUAUAAACCUAAUUAACGAGAUUUUACGUAUCAAGUUAAAUGAAUAAUAAAUUAAUGAAUUUUGGGCGCGAUGUGGCACAUUGAUGAAAUAGCAUCAGUUAUUUACAACAACAGAAGAAAAUAGUAAAAGAUAUAAAAUGAACUCGUGAUUGGAACAAUAGCUGAGAGAGAAAAUAUUUACAGAUAUAGGAAGGUACACGUUUUGAGCGAUUAGCUGCCUGCUAUGUUCAGUUUCAUUACAUGGAUUCAGGGAUUAAUACGAGCUUUUAUAUCAAAAAUAAUAAAAACUAACAUUUGAGGGUGCUUUAAGACAUGAGAUGGCGUAGACUACUAUUACUAAAAGUUUGAAUUUAGGUAUUGAAAGAAACGAGAGCUUCGUAAAGCUAUAAGACUAUUUUUGAAAUUCAUAAAAUUGUACAUAAUAUAAGUAACUCUUAUUUAAUACUUGGACUGAAUCAUGAGGAGUAUUGUCAUAUUGUGUGAAGAUGAUCGGAGGGUUGUCGAAUCCACAUAAUGAGUGAACAGAGGCUGGGUAGUGGGGAUGGGGUGUUGCGCUGAGUGGUUUACGUGUUGGGCUGGAGGCCUUUGGGCUUGAUCAUCAUGGAGGCCCGCUUGAGGGUGUAAUCCCAGCCCCGCCAACGGAACCACACGAUACCUGGAACAUUCAACAUUAUUAUGAUGAUUAACAGCCUUGUUAGUCACUCCGCGUCCCGUACGUCUGGUCAAAUUAACCCAUUUUCGACGCGUUUUCUACCAGGUUGCUUCAUAGCACUUGCGAUUUCCAUGUCGGCUAUAGUUACAUAAAAUUAACUGAUGCACACCUUGUCUGGCAGUGAGGUCUUGAGGGUCGUGGAGAUAGAGGCCGUUGAGGCCGCGCCCGCAUGACUUCCACCACCAUCCCCCCUUUAGCAUAGACGCGCAGUUCAAAGACGAUCUGUCGUUGUCUCUGCAGAUAGCAUAAGAAUAGUUUUAAGUCAAAUUAUAAUUACAUCUUAACUCUUCAUACAACUAGAAUCCCCUCGCUUUGAGUAGGUACAUUUUAUGAAUAUCAGUGUUUACAUAUAACCAACGUUUGUAAUUGUAAGUCUAUGUAUUUAUGUAUGUGUUGUAAGGCAAAGUCAAAAGUCAUAUAUCGACGUACGCAAGGCAUAGCUUUCGGUACUAUCGGUAUUGACUUGGUGUGAAGGUAAUUUGUUAUAGUUGGGGCUACCUUACAACACGUAUAUUAACUUAGAUGUAGCGGUUGAUACUCGAUGUUGUCCAAGACGAUGUCUAUUUAACUUAUGUCAGUAUAUCUAACUAUUUGUACUUUUUAUAUUUAAACAAUUACUUGAAACUGGAAAGGCCUCUGAUGAAAGGUACUCUUGUUGAUGUCUCACUGCGAUUUCCUGAAGCACUUACCAUCUGACGUUUUGGGGAGAGAUGUUAAUGCGAAUAUCUUUCUUGACAAAAAGUUUGUUAUAUUUAUUUAAUUGAUUUAUAAACUUAAGCUAUAUAUGGAUGUUUAGAUAUUUAAGUGAACAGAUGUUCUCUGUUCGUAACUUCCGAGCUCUUACAACAAUGAACGAUUAUCAUUAGUUUAAACCUUACGUGUAAUGUAUUUUAAUCAUUUAGCUAAUAAAGGUAAAUCUGUCGUACUA